CUAAACCACCGUAGCCGUAGCCCGCAGGCAACCGAAUCCCGCGGCUCCGCGCCGGCCACCUCGGUUUAUAUCCAACUUCCCUCCGCUGUCAUCACGCUAUCAGUCUCUCACUCUCGCUUCGCUCGCUCACUCUCCCCACUUCACAUCGCCGAAGCACCACCACCACCUCACCCUCUCCACCCCAGCGCGCAGCAGCAGAGGAAGGAGGAGGAGGGGAUGCCGGCCGGCGUGGUGGACGCGGCCGCCAAGGGCGUCAAGCUGGAGCGGCACGCGGUGCUGCUGCGGCGCGCGGCGGGCGCCAAGCACCUCGUGUCGGCGUCGUCGCACCUGCUCUUCCGCGCCACCGUGCUCGCCACGCUCGCGCUCGUCGUCCUCUUCGCCGUGCACUACCCGUCCCUGCUCUCCCACUCCUUCACCCUCUCCGCGGCGCCCGCCUCCCCUUCCUCCACGCCGCGGUCGCGGCACUCGCACCGGAGCCUGCUGGGCUCGGGGGCGUCGUCGUCGUACGGGCGGGGCGCCGCGUGGGAGCGGGAGGUGCGGCGCAGCGCCACGCCGCGGCGGGACGGGGCGCUGUCCGUGCUCGUCACGGGCGCCGCGGGCUUCGUGGGCGCGCACUGCUCGCUGGCGCUCCGCGCGCGCGGCGACGGCGUGGUCGGACUCGACAACUUCAACGCCUACUACGACCCGUCCCUGAAGCGCGCGCGGCAGCGGCUGCUGGCGUCCCGCGGCGUCGUGGUGCUGGACGCCGACAUCAACGACGCCGCGCUCCUGGAGCGGCUCCUCUCGGCCGUGCCCUUCACGCACGUGCUGCACCUCGCCGCGCAGGCGGGCGUCCGCCACGCGAUGCGGGCGCCGCAGGCGUACGUGGCGUCCAACGUCGCGGGCCUCGUCGCGCUCUUCGAGGCCGCGGCAAGGCACGCCGACCCGCAGCCGGCGGUCGUGUGGGCGUCGUCGUCGUCGGUGUACGGGCUCAACACCGAGGCGCCGUUCUCCGAGGACCACCGCACGGACCGACCCGCGUCGCUGUACGCGGCCACCAAGAAGGCCGGCGAGGCCAUCGCGCACUCGUACAACCACAUCUACGGCCUCUCCAUCACCGGCCUGCGAUUCUUCACCGUCUACGGGCCGUGGGGGCGCCCCGACAUGGCCUACUUCUCCUUCGCCCGCAGCAUCGUCGCCGGCGAGCCCAUCACGCUGUUCCGCACCGCCGACGGCGCCGACGCGCGCCGCGACUUCACCUACAUUGACGACGUCGUCAGGGGCUGCCUCGGCGCGCUCGACACGGCCGGCAAGAGCACGGGCUCCAAGUCCGGCAAGAAGUCCGGGCCCGCGCCGCUCCGCGUGUACAACCUCGGCAACACCUCGCCGGUACCCGUCACCCGGAUGGUCGCCAUCCUCGAGAAGCUCCUCGGCAAGAAGGCGCACAAGCGCGUCGUCACGAUGCCGAGCAACGGCGACGUGCCCUUCACGCACGCCAAUGUCAGCCACGCCGCGCGCGACUUCGGCUACCGCCCCGCCACCUCGCUCGAGGACGGCCUCCGCCAUUUCGUCGACUGGUUCGUGAGGUACUACAAGGUCAACGUCAGGGGCGGCGGCAAUGUCCUCGCCGGCAAGACCGCCAAGAGGAAAUCCAUGCCCAUGUCCGCAGCAUCGUGAGGAGCCGCGCCGCCACCGCCGCCGCGGCGUGUUCCCCGGCCCGGCCCGGCCGUCCACCACCAAGUGUGCAUUCGAUUGUCCUUGGAGGCUAGCUAGCUAGCAGUGUCCUGUAACUUUGCAAGGUGCUUAUUGUUUAAGCCUUGCUGCUUUUGUUUCUUCAUUCAUGAUGCUACCAUAGCAGUGCUUAGUGCCAUGGAAAAGGAUCCAUGGAUAAACUAAGCUUAACUGCUUAUAUAAGGUCCAAAAAAAAAGUAGAAAAAGAUGUGGGUAUCAGGGUGUGGUAUAGAUAGACAACAGAGCAAAGCAAAAGGAGCCAUGUCUGAACAAAGAUGAGGUCACUGGCUUCCUCAUGGUUCAGAUCAUUCAGCUCAAAUUACUACUAUUUUUUUUUUGUCAGAUACUAUAGUAGUAUCUCAUUCUUGUUCACUGUGAGUCUGUGACUCAUGCCAGGAACUCAAAGAUGCUGUGUUUGAUGUAAAUCCAAGAAGUUGCAGGCUGCCAGAACGGCAUUGUUUAGGUUUCGGCGGUGGACUUGAUGCAUGCAGCUCUGCAUCUUCCCCACAUAUAUACUUUAUAUAAACCUGUGCAAAUUUGGGCUC